CACGAGAUGGCGGCUCGGGGCGUGUCCUCCAGCGGCCGCUGACGUCACGGUGUGGCUUCUACGCUUGCGCGCCUGCUCCUGGUGGAAAGUACCAGAACCUGAGAUAACGCUGAGGUAAACGGACGGCCUUCGUUCCUCGGUUCCCCUUAUAAACCUCGACGCCCGUUUACGAAAUUUGUGCUUCGUGGAUUGGACAGCAUUAGCAGUGUUUUUGUAUCGUUCUGAAUUGUAAGCUGCAUUUGGUGGACCUCCUUGAAGUUGUAUAUCGAAAUGGCUGCAGUCAGGAAGCCAGUUUUCUCACAGUCCUGGGAGGAGGAAGAAUGCCUGGAAUACUAUGGCAUGCUUUCUCUGCACCGUAUGUUUGAGGUCAUUGGAUCCCAGUUAACAGACAGUGAUAUUGAUGCCUUGUCGUUCCUACUGAAUGAAUCUUACCUGCUUACUCAUCCUCUCGACCCUAGCGUCUGGACUGUAGAAGAAGCUGGGGAAGUUCCUUCUAGCGCUUUGCUUGCUGCAUGGCACAGAUGGAACCGGAACUCCAAUGCAUCUUCCAAUAAUAAUUUGGAUUCCAAUGACCUACAAAGGCCUAAAAAUGGCACUGAGCUACUUCUUGAAUUGGAACGAAGAGGAAAAUGUGAUGAAUACAACUUCAAGCACCUUCUUCAGCUACUGCGAAUUUUAACUCGACAUGACCUCCUUCCAUAUGUGUCUUUAAAAAGACCUCGUACAGUGUCCCCAGAGAGAUACACAUAUGGCCCUUCAGUCAUAGACUCUGGCAAACAGAUGGAUGGAUGUUUUAAUUCAACAACAUCACAGACCAGUGAGGAAAGCUGGGAAACUGGAUCUAAUGCGAAGAAGAGAAAAAGGGUAGGGAAAAUAAACAGGGGCUGCUGCACAAACCCCAAAAAGAGCAAAGUGAGCAGUGCCACCCCACCAGCUGAGACAACCCACAGCAAAGUAACAUGUGGGUUGCCAGAUUUUGGGGGGAUUAUGUUAAUGACAGAAAGUUUAACAGCAGCAGCAGUAAAGACCACACAAGAAAUAAGAAUGUCUAAACCGGGACACCUCGGCAAAUUGCACGCAGAAGGGGGUGUAGCAGACAGUGAAAGGAAUGGUGCAGAUUCUUUACAUGAGGUGCAACAAAACAAGGGAUCUCCCUUCUCAAUGUCUCCAAAGAUUACAGAUGAAGAAUGUGGGGAGCGGUCCCCAUCCCUUCCUGGCACUCCAGUUCCCCCAAUGCCUUCUGCUCCUCCCACCCCACAGGCUCCUUCUGCCCCCCAGCAACCGCCUACCUCCCUCCCUCAAACACAGCUCCUCCUUGCUGGCAGCCAGCUGGCUGGGCUAACUGCACUUCUCCCUGCACAGCAGCAGUUGCUUCUCCAGCAAGCUCAGCUUCUAGCAGCUGCUGUCCAGCAAUCCAACGCUGCUGCCGCUGCCAGCGCCUCCCAGUCAGGGUCUGACACCCAGUCCCCAAACAACCAACAGCAACCCCCCCAACUUGCUUUGUCCCAGCCCAUCCACCUCACUGCACAGGAUAUCCAGCAACUGCUGCAACUCCAGCAACUGGUUCUUGUUCCCGGGCAUCCUCUCCAGUCCCCUACACAGUUUCUGCUGCCCCAAGCGGGGCAAGGCCAACAAGGCCUCCUUUCUGCACCAAAUCUCUUCCAGCUACCUCAACAAAGCCAGGGGAAUCUCAUUCCGGGUCAGCCAAGGCCUGGCCUUCCCACUCAGGCUGUGUCCCGUCCAGGACCCCAGGAUCAACCAAUAUUGUCACAUACAGAACCACCAUCUCAUCCUGAGGAACCCAGUGACUUGGAGGAGUUAGAACAAUUUGCCCGAACCUUCAAGCAACGUAGGAUCAAACUUGGAUUCACUCAGGGGGAUGUUGGCCUGGCUAUGGGAAAGCUGUAUGGAAAUGAUUUCUCCCAGACAACCAUCUCCCGAUUUGAGGCACUUAACCUGAGUUUCAAGAACAUGUGCAAGCUAAAACCAUUACUACAGAAGUGGCUAAGUGAUGCAGAAACAAUGUCAGUAGACAGCACUCUGCCAAGUCCUAACCCUCUGAGCAGUCCUGGGGGAGGCUAUGAAGGGCUCCCUGGUCGUAGACGCAAGAAACGCACCAGCAUUGAGACCAAUGUGCGCUUCGCACUGGAGAAAAGUUUUAUUGCGAACCAGAAACCUACCUCUGAGGAGAUCCUUGUGAUUGCUGAGCAGCUGAACAUGGAGAAGGAAGUGAUCCGCGUAUGGUUCUGUAACCGUCGGCAGAAGGAAAAACGCAUCAAUCCUUGUAGCAGUAUGCCACUUAUUUCUAGCCAGAACAAAGGACAACUGUAUGGGACCCAUCUGGUGUCUCCCCCGGUGUCUGCCCCCACGCUCACUUCCCAGGCUUCCAGUAAUCUCAGCACAACAGUGACUACCUUACCUACCACAUUGGGGUCUCUUGUACAUCCUCGUCCACCCUCCAACACAGCACCCCCAUCUGCCACACCUCCUCCAAGCAACAGCACAAGUGCAAGUCCCCAGAGCAGCACCCAUUCUGGGCUUAGCCUGACAGGACUUAGCCCCAAUGCAGGGGGCACAGUGCUCGGGGUCAGCCCGGGGUUGAACCCAGCCCUCAUGGCUGGAAACCCACUGGCCACCAUACAAGCUCUGACCAGUGGUGGCUCUCUGCCACUCUCCGGUCUUGAUGCCAGCGGUAAUCUCGUCCUUGCCAGUGGUUCCAGCAUCUCCAACGCUCCCAGUCUGGUGAGCUCUCCGCUCUUCCUGAACCCUGGAGGUAUCCCUCUUAUCGGCUCUGGCCUGGGACGCAUCACUUCUGCUGGUGGUACCCCUAGUCUCUCUCCAGCCUCCACCACUUCUUCUGGCGAGGCUCCUCUCUCUACCCUACAGCACAGUCCAGGAGGCUCCCAGCAUAGCGGGGAGAGUGAUUGAAAGAGGAAACCAUCUCUCCCCCCCCCCCUUCAACCUCCACCAGCACCCAAGCUGAGUCUCCAUAGAAAUGGUGGCUCCUGGAUUCUUCAGGGGGGUAGAGGUGUGAGUACUUUUCAGAUGGUGUUGCCUCUUUCCCCCUCAACCCUCCAAGUGAAGAAGUGAAAUGUAUGGAGGGGGGGAUUGGAACCAAAAUGAAGAACCAAAAACAAAUUCCUAAACCAAAUAAGAACCAAAAAACCCAAACCUCGGAAAUACUUCAGAGAAACCAAAAAUAUGCUGCACCCUACUCUGGGUGUACAGAGCUCCCCUACCAAAGGAAUUCCCAAAGACUGAGCCCCCCUGCUCCCUCUUGUUAGUCAUGUUGAUCUAGGUGCCAUUUUUAGUUACUGAUACGUAUGAGGUGAAUUCAGGGGGGGGCAGGGAGAUCCUCCAAGCUCCUUCCUCCUGUUGCUUUACGUUCUCUUAUUACAGAGAAUGAAUGUCACAGAUUUUAGGAGGAAGGGAAGGAGGCUGCAGCGGGAGAGUGUCCGCUCAUGAGAUGGGGUGCAUGGGUGAAAUAAGGGAGACCUACUCAGAUAAUGCCCAUCGCUCCCCCUCUUCUACACCAAAUACCAAAAUAACAGCUUUAUCCAAAGCCUAACAUAUCUCUAGAACCUCAGAGUAACUCUGUGUACAUGUGUGAAGUCCAUAUUGAAGAAUACACACAAAGAUUUAUUUAUAGCUUUUUUUUAUGUUUAGCCAGCACUGAACCUCCUUCCCCUUCCAAUCCCUAUUAUUUACGCUGUAUUUAUUUAGAAAUCGCCUAACAUCCCCAUACUACACAUAAGAAACUUUUCACAAUUCUGUUUACAGAAAACGAAAUCUAUAUUUCUCGUUCCAGCUCUAGAUGUGGUUAGAAAACUUAUAAUAGCUUUUGCCGAGCUGGCGGAAAAAACAUUUCAAAAAGUUUUCCCUUUCCCACGGAUGUUUUUUUCUACAAUCUUUUAUAACGAGAAGUUGGUAAUUUUUACUUUCUUUUACCUAUUGAUUGUCUCUUUUUCCCCUUUCCCUAUAUAUUUAUAUAUUUUAACCCUCACACCGCACAAUAGCUUUUUAGACUAAAAAUAUGUUAGCGACUUUGCUUCAUUGCACCCCCGCCCCUUUCUUUUUUGCUCUUAAUUCCUAUUUAUUUAUUUAUUUAUAAUGCUGCCGAGCUUUAUUUUUGCCUUUUUCUCAUGGGAUAUAUUUCCAGGAUCACAUGUUUCCGUGGAUGGACAAAAAUAAAAAAAAAACAAGCAAACCAAAAAUGAAACCAAAACAAACACAAAGGAGAAACCAAAAAGAACAAACAAAAACUUAUUCUUUGCUAACGUUGUGCCAAAGUACAGACUGAAGUUGGUAAAGUGAAGAUAUAUACCAAGAAAUAGAGUUACCAAAAAUCUCGUGUUCCCCCUCCUUCUGAGCCCUAACAUCCCGUGGACAAUGGUACAAGAGUCACAAGGGUGAGGGCUGCAGGGGUGCGUCUUUCUCUGUCUUAUAUACCUCAUCUGAAGAAGCCGAUAUUAUAAAAAAAAAAAAGGAUACUCAAGGAGGGAAUGUUAUCGAAACCAAAAACUUAAAUUCCGGUGAGGUGCGAGGAGCUUAGACUUUCCCUCCUGCAUCCCCGUCCAAAAAGCUUUAACGGCCUCUUUGAAAACUUCUCAUUUUAUUUUUCCAUUUUAUUUGUGGGUUUUACAAACAAUUUUUGUUUUCUCUGUGCCAAAGUAUAAAAAAAAAAAAGUUAUAAACUUUAAACUUCAGAGAAAGCGCCAUGGAAAUGAGGGGGAACAAAUCGUAUACCAAAAAAUUUCCACAUCAGGUGGAGGACUUAUCUGAAACAUGAAUGAAAGAAAAAGAGAGAAACAAACAAGACCAAAAAAAAAAAAAUGAAACACUCUUUUCUUUUUCUUUUUUUCUUUAAAUUUGUUUUCUACAUUUUUUUUAGCUGUUGUUCUUUUUUGGAAAUGUGAACUUUGAACUUUCUUAAAGGGACAUGGGCCUCAUUAUAGCUUUAGCUUUAGAUGUGAUGGAAAAAAAAUAAAAAGAAAAAAAAACAAAAAAAUUUCAAAAACAUAAUCAGGGGUCAAAGAAAGAUGAUACUGUGAAAAAGGAUGCUUUACAAAAUGCUGUCAAAAGUUGCUUAGCCCAUUACCUGCCAGUGACGUUUGCUUUGACGUUUGUCGCAGACUAUCUUGCAGUGAAGGGGUUAACCUCCUUUUGUGUGCCCCACUGCUUUAAUUUAUGUGGUAAGACUUUCACUGUAGGAAGAAAGGGGUGCUAGGAGUGGGACUUAUAGAAUGGACUAAUGAUUGCAUGCAGAUCUAAUUCCUAAUGGAGCGCUCCACUACUACAGCAGUGGUGAGAAGCUAAAAUGAUGCUGAACAAUGUGUUUAUAGGGGAAGCUAAAGAAGGGUUCCAGCUAAAUGCCACCGUCUACUGAAUAACCUGUUACCUCUUUUUUUCCCAUAGUCUUGUUCCUUCUUAGGUCUGUGCUAAAGAUGUUUUAUAAGAAACUUUACUGUUAGUCUGACGUAAAUUGUACACAUAUUUACAGACUUAGACGACCAAAAUUUAUUUGUUGGAAUCUAAAUCUGUUGGAUCUCUUGCUUUAAAGGGGCAUUCCGGUAUUAGAAAAUUAUCACCCCAUGAUAUAUGACUUACUAAUAUAGUGACAACUUCCCUGACAGGAAGUUGUGUAGUCCUUUUAUUUUCAGUGGGGUGUUGUCUCAGUAGCUCCCUAGCUCCUCCCUCUCUCCCAAGACAACACAUCAUCCUUUUGCUGUCUCUGGAGGUGUAGCUUGAUCUUGUCUCUGAGCUCAAACCCUGCUACCUGAGUGAUGUCAUCACCUCAGACCAGCCCCUACAGACUACAUUUCCAUCUCCCUGCCAUAUACACAUACAAAUUAUUUAUUGGGACAUUUAGGAAACAUAAGGUGCAUUUACAGCAUUUGUCUUGGGAUGGGAAUUGCCACAGGCAAAGGAACAGACAGGGAAUGAAUGCAGCAGCUGUGUGGAGAAAGAGUCUGCUAUGUAAUGCAAGAUCUGAGGGAAACCAUUACAUUCUGGGAAUUGUAGUACUGAGCAACAGUGAAUAUCUGACAUAGAAAGGGACCCACGGACACACAAAAUAAAUAGUUUUUUUUUGCAGUUUCAGAACUGGGGUUGACAGAUAAGCAAUGCUGUAUGCUUCUGCAGCAUUUUUUUUUACCUUAUAUCGGAGUACUCCUUUAAAAUAAUGCAAACAAAAAGAGAUACAACCUCAUGCACGAGGCUCAAUGUUUUUUUUACCAAUGAAAGGAAAAAAAAUUGUCAUGGGGAAAGUGCUUUAUGAAUUAUUGGAUACCCCUAGAUACCUAUGUAUGGUUACAGUCAAUGAUAUCAUGGUGGUAGUAACUGUCCUGACAAAAUAUAUGUCAAUUGUAAGGAGAAAUACCUAUAAAAGUCUAAAAUGUUAUCUCUUGAAACUAUGAUACUUAGGCCACAUUUGUAUAAUCCAGGGUACCUCCAGCUGUUGCAAAACUACAACUUCCAACAUCUUUAUAAUUCAUUAUGUACCAUAUUUCCAAUUUGUCUGUAAACCGUAAAAUUGUCUGUGAUCUUUUAAAUAAGUUUUCCAGGAAAAAAGAAAAAUCCAGGUUGGCAUCUCUGCUAAACAGAGGUCAAUGGGAUAAUUUGCAAUGGUCUCAUUCAUCUGUAUAAAGAGGGUCAGUGUAUGCAAGACCUGUUCUGGGCAUGAAUACGGAUUUGGCCCCUCAAUUUAAGCAAUGUUGCGGGUCCUACAGGUCAGAUCAUUACCUAACUUUUAUAAUCUGAUUUUUAUAAUCUGAGAGUUGUGGUCUGCCCACCCCUUUAACCUACA